UUUUUACUCCUUUUUUCCAUGAUAUCGAUUUAUUAUAUGGAGUGGAUCUCAUCUUCCUUCGGAAUUAAGCAAUUCAUGUCUCGUUUUCUCUUUUCCGAUCGCUAAUUAAUGGCAGACUCUGUCUUUUCACCUGCAUGAGCUUACAAUUCACUCUUUCGUUUUAGCUCAUAUAGUUCUUUAAGUUUGUUCUUGAUGGUGAUGUAACAGACUUUUUGGGGAGGAUUUAAAAGAUAUCUCAAACCGCUGAUAACUCGGAAUGGCUAAUUUGGAGAGUGAAGUGGUGCCAUCGUCUCUUGUGGAGGUUGCACCAAUCCUUCGUUUAGCCAAUGAAGUAGAAGCUAGUAACCCUCGUGUUGCUUACUUAUGUCGGUUUUAUGCGUUUGAGAAGGCACACAGGCUUGAUCCCACAUCAAGGCAUCGUGGUGUUCGCCAGUUUAAGACUGCGCUUCUUCAACGCAUAGAACAAGAUGAAACAACUCGGACAGAUAGGCAGAAGGGUAGUGAUGCUUGCGAAAUGCAAAGCUUUUAUCAACACUACAACAAGACAUACAUUCAGCCUUUGGUAGAUGCUGCUGACAAAGCUGACCGCGCUCAACUUAAAAAGGCAUAUCAAACUGACGCUGUUCUCCUUGAAGUCUUAAAGUCGGCAAAAGAGGAAGUGGCUGAUGAGGUUAUGGAAGCCCACACAAAGAUCACUGAAAGAAUCCAGAUUUUAUGUGCCUUGGAUGACGAUGCUGACAUUUUUGAGGAAUGCCCACCUCAAGAACCAAUUAUAGUUCAAGAAUCCAAAUUGAAGGGAGAAAAUGUUGAUCAACCAUCUCUUCUUAUUAAUACUAUAGAAGAAGGAAACAAACAACUUCUACAGCAAUUGAAGAAGACAAAUGAACAAAGACAACAGUUUCUGGAUAUUCAAAGUAAAACUUACGCACUGAAAGAAUUUGGAGAGCAAAACAAAAUCUUAUUGCUGGACUUGAGUUCUAUACAAAAUCCGCAUAUUCGUUCAUAUAUGGAGUGUGAACAAGCACGGAUUCUACAAAAACGUAAUUAUAACUACCUAUACUAAGAAUCUAUCCUUUGAUUUAUUUUGUUUAGACAAUAUUUUAAUGAUCUUGGUGCAUCUAAAAAUGGUUUACCAGAUGAUUAAUUUAAUAGUCUCUGCUGUGUUUAGUUUUAAUAUAUGCCUUUGUUGUAUC